AUGGCGGCGGUGGUCGCCGCUGCCGCUGCGGCCGACGCAGCAGGUCUUGGCAUGGGGGCUGCCUCCGGCUCCUCCGCCGUCCCCGCGACCUUGAUGUCGGAGUCGAGGUCAAUCACCGUAGCGCCCGCUUCCGGACGCGAGGAGGGUGUUGUACCUGUUGCCCCUGGGGGUGCCGUGGCCCGAGGCGCCGCGGGAACCAUCGAAGGAGCCGCCCCGGCGUCGGCGGCCACUACGGGUCUGGCUGCCGCCGCGGCGCCGGCGACUGCUCCUGGGGCGGUCGCCGCCGUGGCCCCGGCGACCCCUGCCGGGGUGGUCGCCGCUGGGGUGCCGGCGGAUGCCGCCGAGGCGGUCGCCGUCGUGAAGCCGAUAGCCGCCGCGAGGGCGGUUGCCGCCGCCGCCACUGUGGAGGUAGCCGCGGCCGCUGCGCUCGCCCUUGAUCUGCGCACGAUCAGGGGCGCAUCGUCGUCGCCCUCCUCCUCCUCAUCAUUCGCGGGGAUGACCUCCCGGGCGGCGGCAACCCGGCCCGCCUCGUCGGAGGAGGACGAGUCGUGGGGCUGGCCGGUCUCCGACUCGCUCCCGCUCUCCUCCUGCGCCUGCUUCCGCGGGGUGCGGGCGGAGGGGAGCGCAGGGACUGAGUGGGGGAAUCGUCCAUCAGCCCCCACUCUUUGCAGGGUGGGAAGGAGCCAAUGA